AUGUGCCUUGACCGAUGGAACGGCAAUCUCCUCCUCCUGAUCUGGGAACAGAGGGGGUUCAUAGCCGAGAGAACAGUGGAAUGGAGACACACCAUCGAUGGCAUUACCCUGGCCUCCAAUACCACCGUAAGGGAUCUUGGAGUUAUCUUUGAUCAGGAUCUGUCAUUUAACUCCCAUAUAAAACAAACUUCCAGGACUGCGUUUUUUCACCUACGUAAUAUUACAAAAAUUAGACACAUCCUUUCCCAAAAUGAUGCUGAAAAAUUAGUUCAUGCAUUUGUUACUUCAAGGUUAGAUUUCUGUAAUUCCUUACUGUCAGGCUGCUCCAAUAAAUCCCUUAAACCUCUUCAGUUAGUCCAGAAUGCUGCGGCUCGUGUACUAACAAGAACCAAGAAAAGAGAUCAUAUUUCUCCUGUUCUAGCUUCGCUGCACUGGCUCCCUGUAAAAUCCAGAAUUGAGUUUCAAAUCCUUCUUCUUACUUACAAAGCUCUAAAUGGUCAGGCGCCAUCACAUCUUAAAGACCUCAUAAUGCCAUAUUACCCUUCUACAGCACUACGCUCCCAAAAUUCUAGGUUACUUGUGGUUCCGAAAGUCCUUAAAAGUAGAUUGGGAGCCAAAGCCUUCAGUUAUCAAGCUCCUCUCCUGUGGAAUCAUCUCCCAGUCUCAGUACGGGAGGCAGACACCCUCUCUUUAUUCAAGAGUAAACUUAAAACUUUCAUCUUCGACAAAGCCUAUAGUUAG